GGAUGGGCCGUGCGCGUGUGGGUGUGCCGUCGGCGCCGGGUGCCACCGCCGCCGUCGGUGUCUCCGGGCCGUAUAAAGGGGCCGGCGGCGGCCCGGCGCCUGCACCGCCGCCGUCAUGGCUCUGCUCCGGCUGCUGCUGUUCCUGGCGCUCGGCUGCACGGGGCUCGGCGCCCGCCGGCGCCCCACCACACACCACAUCACCCUGGAGCCUCAGCAGAACCUGCAGAUGCGCUGGACAGUCGAUUACAGGGAUGAGGAGGUGGCGAUCGAGGUGGGCGCCUCACUCAGUCCCACACAGUGGCUCGGCCUGGGCUUCUCGGAGCGCGGUGAGCUGGCCGGCGCCGACCUCUGCGUGCUCUGGGUCGACUGGAAGCGCCGUGUCCGGCUCCAGCACGGCUGGGUGGACGGCCAGGGCCGGCUGACGGCCGACCCGGACACCGUGUGCCGCUCGGCGCAGCUGCUCACCCGCCGACCGGAAGCCACUGUGUUCCGGUUCCGGCGCCGCUUCAACACCUGCCGGCCGCGCGACUACGUGCUGGAUACGGGCACCACUCACAUUGUGUGGGUGAGCGGCCCGGGUCCGCUGCUGCGGCUGGAGAACCUCCAGCUGAGCCACUUUGCGGUCGGCAUGGCGCGCGUGCAGCUGCUGCGAGCCGAGGUGCAGCCGCCGGCGCCGCCGCCGGACGCCGCGCGGCUCGAGCUGCGCUCCCGGCGGGUGGCCGUGCCGGACCAGGAGACCACCUACUGGUGCACCGUGCACCGGCUGCCGGCCGCGCUCGCCCGCAAACACCACAUCAUACAGUACGAGGCGGUGGUGGACGCCGGUAACGAGGACCUGGUGCACCACAUGGAGGUGUUCCACUGCGAGGCGCCGGUCGCCCAGAGGAUACCCCGCUACGAGGGGCCGUGCCACGCGCCCGACCGGCCGCCCGCCGUCGACCAGUGCAAGCGCGUGCUGGCGGCCUGGGCGAUGGGCGCCGAUCCGCUGGUGUAUCCAGAGGAGGCCGGUUUGCCGAUCGGUGGACCCGACUUCAACCCGUAUGUGAUGCUCGAGGUCCACUACAACAACCCCAACCUGAAGAGAGGUCACCGGGACAGCUCGGGCGUGCGGCUCACCUACACGGAGCGGCUGCGGCCGCACGAUGCCAGUGUCAUGGAGCUCGGUCUCGAGUACACCGACAAGAUGGCCAUUCCGCCCGGCAUGGCCUCCUUCGAGCUCUCCGGCUACUGCGUGCCAGAGUGCACCGCCGUGGGUCUGCUGCAGGCCGGUAUCCGUGUGUUUGCCUCUCAGCUGCACACCCACCUCACCGGGGUGGCCGUGCGCACCGAGCACGUGCGCGCCGACGGCACCCAGCUACCCGACCUGAACCGGGACGAGCACUACUCGACCCACUACCAGGAGAUCCGGCUGCUGCCCCAACACCGCGCCGUGAUGCCGGGUGACGCGCUCAUCACCACGUGCCGGUACCAGACGCUGGAGCGGCCGAACAUCACACUCGGUGGCUUCUCCAUCACCGACGAGAUGUGCGUCAACUACAUCCACUACUUCCCCAAGGUCAACCUCGAGGUCUGCAAGAGCUCCGUCGACUCCGACACCCUGAGGAACUACUUCAGGUUCAUGAACCGAUGGGAAGGCCAGCCGACUGAAAACGAACAAAAUAAAUCGGAUGAAUCGCCAGAAGAACAUAUCCCCGAUUGGGGCAACAAGUAUAAGAGCAUUAGAUGGAACAAAAUCAGAUCUCUCGGGCUUCAGCAGCUGUACGCCACGGCGCCGCUCUCGAUGCAGUGUAACCAGAGUAACGGCGACCGGUUCGCCGGCUACUGGGAGCGGGUGCCGCUGCCCACGGUGCGCCUGCCGCUGCUCGAGGAAGAGCCGUGCCCGGCCCGACCGACUGACCUGGGGCAGAGCGACUCGACUGCAGAGCGACUGCUCGAGGAGGAGGGUCGCCACAGGAAGAGGGCGGCGCCGGAGGAAGGCGACCACGGCGCACACGGCUGCUGCCACCACGGCCACGAAGGCUGAUUGAUAAAUGUUCGGUAGUACUGUCACUGAGUCCAUCGGAUGACUGAUCCUGACGUUAGAUGAGUCCUACACUGACUCGCCCAACCCUGUCCGCACUGUGCAAUGGCUUAAUUAAUAAUGUCGGUCGGUAUAACUAUAAACGGCUCUGUGUAGCCUUUAAUUUAAUUACGCAUGUUAUACCCCUUCCUUGGCGGUGGAGUAAGACUGUGACAAAUCCGCCGAAGGAAAAUAUACCAAACGAAAAAGGAAAAUAUACCAUUACGUAAUUAUUUACAUAUACAUAGCUACGACCAACGUGAGCAUGUAAUUACGUAUAAUCCACCCGUGCUAUGCAUAUUGCGUAUGUCUACCCUUGUCCAUGCCUAACACCUAUUUUCUAUUGUUUAUGCCGCAUUUGUGCCAAAUAUGAGGCUAUGAGCAGCUGGCUGGUCGGAGCGCGGCCCGGCCCCGAUCGUUCAGGCUAUAUGGCAGCUGUAUAUCCGGCACGUAACUCAGGACGGGCAGACCGGUCAGGGCAGACCGUGUUUCCGUGCUCACUGUGGCACGAACGGUGCUGGCACGCCUCCGGAAGGAGCCGCUCCGACCCGGACAGGCACUGGGCGGGGCACUGACCCAGUAUCGGCAGGCCUCAGCCCACGGUGAGGGACAGCAGUGGCUUAGCUGACUGGCUGUAGUUAACGUGUGGAGCCGAGAUUAGGAGCCACUGACAUGCUUACCAAUGUCUUGUUAAAGUGACCGCUAGUCAUGCGUGAAUUGAUGUUUAUCAGCACUUGAAGCGAAAGCUGCUGCUGUAUGAGUUACCACGAGGGACCAAUAAAUAUCGUUAUUGUC